CCGUCCCUGGGAAACAAGGCCAAGCAAACUCUCAUGAACACAUUUGCACAGACCAGACACAAGAGGCAGCCACCUUGCAUGACUAUGAUUGGUCCAUCUUGAUCAGCGCUGAAAAAAGUAUCAAGACACGAUGGAGCUCCUAGAAGAAGACCUCACAUGUCCGAUAUGUUGUUGUCUCUUUGAAGACCCGCGCGUUCUGCCUUGCUCACAUAGCUUUUGCAAGAAGUGUCUCGAGGGCAUCCUGGACGGUAACCGAAGUCCUGCAUGGAGACCUCCGUUCAAAUGCCCGACCUGUCGAAAGGAGACCGCGCACAACGGUAUCGCGAGUUUGCAAGUCAAUUACACCUUGCGUGGCAUCGUGGAGAAGUACAACAAGAUUCGUGUGCUGCCGAGGAUGUCUCUCUGCCGAGUGCACAGUGGACAGCCACUCAACAUUUUUUGUGCCACGGAUCUAAAACUCAUCUGUGGUUUUUGCGCCACAACAGGUGACCACAAGGGCCAUAAGUUUUGCGCGCUAGAGGAGGCUUACGAACGCGAGAAGGUCGCGUUUGAGGAGUUGUUUCGCGUCGUGGAGGGCUGGAGGAGCGCGGAGGUGCAUUUGUGCUUGGAGUCGUUAGAGGGAGCGAAGAAGAAAGCGCUGGAGAGGGUCUCGGGGGACGCGGAUCGAGUCUCAAGCUACUUUGACAAGCUCCUGCGCACACUAGACCACAAACGGAGCGAAAUCCUCUCUGACUUCGAGGCUCUGAAACUCGCGGUCAUGCAGACAUUUGAUCCUGAAAUUAACCGGCUGCGCUCUGCGCUGGAGGAGCAACGGUGCGCACUCGCCAUCGCCGAAUCCUUUCGGUCGCUCUCCGACCCACUCACCUUCCUACAGCAGAUGCAGGACUUUAGGGAAAAACUUAGCGUCAUCCGGGCAACGCCACUUCCAACGCGAACCGAUUUGGAAGUGGGUCUGCGUGGCCUGCAAAGCUUCGAUGUGAAGGAAUGGGAUCGGGUGCGUUUUGGAGAGGUGGACAAGUUGUGCGCCCCGUACGAAAGCAGCUCUUACUUGACAUCGUUGCCCCCUGCACCUCGCUAUUCCCGUGUACUGUGGAGAGUUGUUCUGGUUGUAUUUGCUUGUCUGCCUGCGCUGCACUUUCUCCCUUCAGACUGUCUUGCUCUAAGCUUUCAUGAUAAAUUGGGGGCAGUCGGUGGCUUUACUCUGCCCAGUCCAGGAGAGAUUUUGCGCUGGUUCGGGUUCUGUUGGAAAGAAGGAGCUGCAAUCUGCACAUUACUUAUUGAACAGUGUCGAAACUCUAUUUUGGACCUGAUAAACACGACAUCCGAUUUCAUCAGCUGAUUUUUAUAACUCCAUCCAUUAGGUACUUUUUAAGUACUACAUACACCGCAGAUUUGUUGCUUUGGAAAAAUUUAGUUUGUGUUAUUUGUUGUUGAAUUUGUCACAGUGGUUGUUACAUAUACCAGUUGUGUGCUUUUGUCUGUUUAUUUUACACGAAUGGAAAACAAAUGUUGAUGGAUUAUGGUUUACUUAUUGAAUAAUAUCCCCAAGUUAAUCAAAUGCGUUUCUGAUUUUGUACGGAAAAAACAGAACCGAAUAAAUCAAAUUUCUUUUAAAUAAAAGUGGACAAAUCUCACAG